AAGUCCAAAAGUUGACUUGUGUCUCUAAAGCAAAGGAUGCAUCUCACUUACUUGAUCCAUCUGUUUCACUUGAAAGGAUAUUUCAAGAAAAUUGUCACGAGGAAAAGCUUGAACAUAGAACUAUUGUAGAAAACGGCUGUUCUGCAUCAUGUCAAAACCAGGUGACUGGUUUUUGUGACGAGAACUUAUCUAUAUCAAUGGGGGUUCAAGGUAGUUCAGAUGUCAACCAUUAAAGGGAUGUAGAGCAUACUAGUGACCUAAAGGGCAUUGUCAACCUUGUAGGAGGCUAUUUCCAUCCUUUGCCUAUUAUAUCAGUAUUGCUGGGUACAAAAGAAGAAGAAAUCCACAUUUGUGUUUCCUGUGGUCUUCUUGUAGAUGGGACAGAACCUUGUUUGUCUACAAGGUGACUACUGAAGAACAAAGGAAAGGAUGCCCUUCUUUUGUUGGGUACACAUCUGUAGCAUUACCAUCUUCUGAAAUUGAUGAAGAAAGACGUGGCUUACAAUUCACCCCAGACGGGCAGUGUCUUGUUUUACUUGACAGUAUUAAAACACCUUAUUACAGGUUAACUGUUUCUUUAGGUUUCUAUCACGUCAAAUUGUUUUGAAACAAAUAUUUUACUAAUAUCAGAUUUAUUUUCUUAGGGAAGGGAGAAGAGAUUGUAUCUGCUCAAUUUGUCUUUCAGGCUGCGCGAAGGAGAACGUGGUAAAAAUUGUGCGAAUAAAUCCUGGUUAUUUUUCUUUGGUUGCAAAGGUGGAGACAAUUCAAAGUGUGCAAUGUAUAUUGGUUUGUGAAAAUGACUAUCUGCUAGCUGCUGGAAAGAGUGGGAGACUGCAUCUUUGGGUCAUGAAUUCAACAUGGAGUGCAUGGACAGAAGAAUUUAUUAUACCUGCUGGCGACUUCAUAUCUUGUGUAGUGGAGCUGAAGAAAAUUCGAAAGUGUGUUCAUUUGGUGAUCGGACACAAUGGUUUUGGAGAUUUUGUAUUAUGGGAUAUUAUGAAACGGGUCAGUAUCUCAAGAUUUUCUAGUUCUGGAGAUCCAAUUAAGCAAUUCAUACCAAUCAGUUUACUUAGUUGGCAGCCUGUAUUCAGCUAUGCUGAUAUGAAAGGGUGCAUUGAUGAAAUCCUCGCAGCAACAAAAUUUUGGUUUUUGGAACGUAAGGAUCGCUCUUUUCUUCCAUUGGAGGGGGAAGAUGUUGCAAUCUGGCUUCUUGUCUCAACUACUUCUGAUGCUCAGCAUGAACAUUUAUCAAGUAAUUGCCAAGCAAAUACAACCGGUUGGAGCCUCGCUUUGUUGGUGAAGGACACUGUGAUUUUGGGGAGUACAAUAGAUCCAAGGUGCUUUAAAGUUCUAUUCUACAUCUUAAACAUAAACUAG